UCAUUAGCUGACCGUGAAGAAUUGUCGGAAAAGUUAUGUGAGCUGUCACAAAGCCAUGUGGAAGAUAUUGAACGUGCGCGUGAAAGGGAGCGUGAACUGGAAGAGCAAAAAGAUAUGGCGGAGAAAAGCCAACGACAAGUACCAUUUUUGGCGUUAUUUUUAUAUAAAAAGUACUUAUGUUAAUUUCCAUAUAAUUCAAAUGGUACUUUUUGUUAGCUCUUUCGUCUUUGUGCUUCCAGUUGGAGUAGUGCCUUUAUUAUCAAUUAUUCAGCUAGAAAUGAGAUUUAGGGGCGAUUGA